AUGAAUUUGAGAUUACAUCUUGGAGAGAUGAAAGAAACAUUCGAUAUGGAGAAAGCAGUGUGUAACCAUGGUUUCUUCAUGAUGGCUCCAAACGUGUGGAACCCUUCAUCAAAGUCACUACAUCGACCGUUAACCCUUUCGGAUUCUUCUUCCACGGAUGUGACCAUUUCUCAUCCCUCCGGACUCUCAUUUCUUGUAAUCCAAGUCCACGGCAUCAAUAAUGUUUCGAGAGUGGACGAAGCACUCAUCUUGCAACAAGUGGCGAGGAUGCUGAGGUUGUCAGACAAGGACGAACGUGACAUGGUUGAGUUUCAACAAGUCCAUGAGGCCGCAAGGAAGAGUGGUUUCGGUAGGAUUUUCCGCUCUCCGUCUCUCUUUGAAGAUAUGGUCAAAUCUAUUUUGUUGUGUAAUUCCGAUUGGGGUAAGACACUACUCAUGGCUUCUCGUCUCUGCAAAUUGCAAUCAAAGCUAGCUGACGGCACAGUUAGGCCUCUUAGCGUAUCAAAAAAGAGAAAACUAAACCCAAAACCCUGGAUGGCAGCUAAUGGAAACUUCCCGAGUGCCAAGGAAAUAGCAAGCCUUGAUAAAGAUGUGAUAAAUGAGCACUGUAAACUUGGAUAUAGAGCAAAUCAAAUAGUAAACUUAGCAAAGAAGGUUGAAAAUGGUUCACUGAAUCUUGAAAAGAUGGAAAAGGGAGAGAUGGAAGUGGAUGAAGUGGUUGGGAAACUGAAAAAGUUAAAGGGCUUUGGUCCUUUUGCUAGUGCUACAGUGCUUAUGUGUAUGGGUUAUUACCAUCUUGUUCCAUCUGAUACCGAAACCUUAAGACUCUUACGUGAGGUGCAUGAAAACGAGGAGUGUUCGAAAGAGACGCUUGAGAAAGCAGCACAAUCAUUUUACGACCGAUUCUCUCCAUUCCAGUGCUUAGCCUACUGGUUUGACUUGAUCCAAAACUAUGAAACAAAACUUGGGAAGCUUAGCAAAUUGAGUCCCAGUGACUACAACAGUGUUAGCGGAUGCUGCCACAUGAAGCAGCUUAAGGCAAACUGA